UCUUGUGAAAUAUCUUUGUGGAAUAAUAAAUAUUUAAAAAGGAAAAAAGGUCACAGAGUCACGGUCAACGCGUUCACGGACAACGUGUAUGGAAAGAAACGAGCACGAUUAGAGAUUAAAGAAAGAACCCUCUUCCCUUGAAAGGAGAGGUCAAAGAGCGCUACCGUGUCCCGAAACGCGACAGGGACGCGUAAAAGGAAGAAAAGAAGAAAUAGGAAGGAAGCUCUCUCGUGGUCGGAUUCGGCGAACCCGCUCCCCGCGCGUGUGUUCCUCGGUUGCGCGCGAGCCAAGCGACCCUUCCUGAAGUUAAUGAUUCGGUCAUUGCGAUGGGUGGCGGUGGCGGUGGAGAGUGGUGGAAACCAAGUGGUGUGGGCCCCGGUGUGUAGAGUAGGAGAAGAGUGCGCCAGGAGGGCGAGAGCAGAAGAGGAGGAGGAUCGGCUUGCACAGGAAAAAUGGUGGCCGUGGUGGUUGCUGCUACCAGGAUGUUUGGCAUCGUGGACGCGAUACGUCGAGGAAUACGACUCCAUUAGAGUGGCCAGGUGCGAUGCCCGAUGUGGGGAGAAUCAUCCUGAUGAGUGUAUAGAAAACUGCUUGAUGUCGAAUUAUACGAAACCUGGCUAUUGUCCCGAGAGGACUUCUAUGACGCCCUUUGAAGCCGCUUGCUUGGUCGCCUGCAUCGACGACUCCCGUUGUCCGGAUUUGGCGAAAUGUUGCGCCCACGAUUGCGGCAUUACAUGCAUGCAUCCCAUCGGUUUGGACAGUCGAAACGAUUUGCCAGCUAUACCAGAGAAUCUACAGAUACAACAGCAAAAGAGAAAUCUGGUGUUGCUCACGUGGCGUAAUGGCAGGCCGGCCGCCAAUAACGUGUCCGCCAACAAUGAAAACGAUGUCCGAUAUUUGGUGGAAGAGCGUCACCUGAUUGGCCCUAGAUACCUAGAAUCCAGACUAAGUUCCUGGACCGUGUGUCACGUAUCGACAAAACCGCACGCAAGUCUUCGAGGCCGGCUGAAGACGGGACACUGGUAUCAGUUCCGAGUGGCGGCUGUCAACGGCAAUGGAUCGCGUGGCUAUUCGCAACCAUCUAGGCCCUUUAAAACAAAAGAGCCGCGAAAUCCAAAGGAACCGCAGAACUUGACACUGUCUAACGCACGUCUCGUCGGUGGAAAGCUGCGUAUUAAUCUACGGUGGGUUAAACCGGCAUCGGACGUGCCGAUAUCGUUUUACAAAGUAUUCUGGAGUAGACUUAUUCAUGGGCCAACAAACGACUCCAUUCUCGUAUACCACAAAACAAUUUUUAAAGAUAAGACAUGUUAUGAGCUGAAGAAUCUAGAGCUCAAGUGCCAGUACUUCCUGCAGGUGCAGGCGGUGGCGAUAUACGGCGGUCGGCGUCUGACAUCGCGCAAGGCGUCCAAAGUCUUCAACAGCACCGACUACAUGGCGUACGCCGACGUCGGGAGACGUUCUCGCAGGUGCGAGCGAACCGAGGCCAAUCUCCAUGUACGUCGCAUGAACUGCCACUGCGGGGAUGUCGACGUGCGUCUGGUCUGGCCGACGAGCAAUGACGCUACCAUGUACAAUGUCACAUGGCGACAGGAAUCUUGCACGCGCGAGAAAAGCUUGGAACGUCGACGAAAACCCGCCGACUGGAAAGUGGUUCAGACAACGCACUAUGAUCUGCAACAACUUCAAAACGACUGCACAUAUAGCGCAAAUAUAAAGAAUAUACUGAAGAACGGCGGUAAUAACGGCCAUGGGACUAGUAUAGAGUUCUUUGCGACCGGGUGUCUGGAUGAUCAGAAGCGACGGAAACAUUCGCGGCGAAAGACAGCGCGAUGUAAGGCAAAAUCGUCCAGAUCUAAAAGACAUUUUUCAGAUAUAUAUGUAAUAUGAAUUGCUUGCAGCGAAAGAAAAAAUUGAAAACGAAAAAUUGAUAAACGAGUUUUAUAAGUUGUGAUGGUAAUAUUCAUAACUUAUGAAUUUUAAUUAAAUUCUAUAAUUUUUAUAAAUAUUACCGUAGUAACUUACAGUUUAAUUGCUCCGAAUAGGAACACUCAUUUUAUUUCAUAAUACGGAUGUUGCAAAAAGUUUUUGAUGUCAAGACGUUAAGGUUUAAAAUUAUUUAUUGAAGAAAGUUCAAAAUUAUCGCAAAUUUUUAAGUACUUUAAAUAUUUAAGCUUUUUUAUAGUAAAAACCGAAGCUCAUAAUAUUAGAUCUCUGAUACAUAAAUGUUUUUAUUAUACGUAAUUUUUUUAUAUUUUUAGAUAUAAGAUAAAAUGUUAAAUUUCAACGUUUAAUUAAUUCCAGAAUUUCAUAUAAUUAAGAAUUGAAAAGAAAUUAUAUCGAGUUGAAUUUAGCUUAAAAGAUCGAUUCCAUUAAACUUUGGUAUCUCAUUUUUAACGUUUAUUGAUUGAGCAUCAAGUAUUCUUUUCAAGUAAAUUUAUUAUUUAUUUAUAAAAUAAAAAAAGAAACUAAACUGGAUAAAGGCCAUAAACAAUGUUGACAAUUAUAGUUGUGAGUGAGUAACAACUUUUUUUUUUAACUAUAUUCGUUUUUUACAAAUACAGUAAAUAACA